AUGGGCCCAGCGGACAUCCUCGUCCUCGAAAGGUUCGGGCCGGGCUUGCGGGACGUGAAGGGCGCGGAGGCGUGCACCAAGCAGGUCAUCUCCGACCUCCUCCAGAACCGCAUCGACCUCUCCCAACUCGUGAUCACGAAGGCCUUGGCCAAGGCGGACUACGCCGCUAAACAGGCCCACGUCGAGCUGGCCAAGCGGAUGAAGAAGCGGGAUGCCGGCAGUGCGCCCGCGCUGGGAGACCGGGUGGCCUACGUGAUCAUCAAAGGCACUAAAGAUGCCCGCGCCUAUGAAAAAUCUGAAGACCCUCUGUACGUGCUCGAGAACAACAUCCCGAUCGACACGAAGUAUUACCUCGACAACCAGCUCUCGAAGCCGCUCAUGCGGAUCUUUGAGCCCAUCCUCGGCGACAAGUCCUCCUCCCUCCUGUCCGGCGACCAUACCCGCAUCGUCUCCAUUGCUACGCCUACUCAGGGCGGCUUGAUGGGCUUCAUCAAGCGCACCGAGACCUGUCUGGGCUGUCGAGUCCCGCUGGGCAAGACGACCAAGGACACCAAUACCGGGGUUUGUAAGAACUGCAGACCCAAGACGGCCGCCCUCUAUUCCAAACAAAUGGCACUCACCCAGGGCUUCGAAAACGCGUUUGCAAGGCUGUGGACCCAAUGCCAAAGGUGUCAGGGCUCGUUGCAUCAGGAAGUCAUCUGCACCGCGAGCGAUUGUCCGAUCUUUUAUAUGCGCACCAAGAGUCGCAAAGAUGUCGAGGACUCGUAUGCCGUUCUCCAGCGCUUCUACGGCGCCUGGUGA